CUCUCAUGUUCGAAAGUCAACCUCUCUUAUCCUAAUCCUCCUGUCAGGCUGCUAGCCACCAGUACUAUAGCUAGUACUUCACCACAAAGUACUCGGAAGUUCUUUCUCAGGUAGCCGGUUCCUUCAAUUGCUACAGACUCUCACAUCAGACGGGCCUACUUUCUACCACCACCAACAAACCCCCAUUUUCUCACGACUUAGCUUCGGAGAUCUUUUAAAUUCGUGUUCUUUUCAUCCCCAACAGAUCUUUUCCCAGAUACCCAAAUAUGUCUAACCUUAGACCAAGAUCCACAUCCAAAAAUCAAUCAUCCACUGCUGACAAACCUGCACCGCCGAUCCCGUCACCCCUCUCAUCCGACACCGAUCCCGACACCCCAAUUAAAGCCCCUCUACUACGCCAGAAAUCUUUCUCACAACGUGCCAUCUCCCAAACCUUAGAAGGGACAGCCAACCUAGCCAAGCUCCUACCCUCAGGCACCCUCCUAGCAUUCCAACUUCUCAUUCCCGUCUUCACCCAAAACGGUGCUUGCGACUCCGCCACUCGCCCCAUGACGGCCAUCCUCCUUGUCAUCCUCGCCGUUUCAUGCUUCGCCGCGAGCUUCACGGACACGGUGAAGGCAUCGGACGGGCAAGUCUACCACGGCCUCGCGACCUUCAAAGGGAUGUGGCUGUUCGACUAUCCAGGCCCUUCCAAUCCAUCAGGCUUGCCGAAUUUGAGCAGCUAUAAAAUAAGAUUCAUUGAUUGGGUUCAUGCUGUGUUAUCAGUUCUGGUGUUCGGAGCGGUAGCUAUGAGGGAUAAGAACGUGUUGCAGUGCCUUUAUCCAACGCCGGGGCGUGAGAUUGAGGAGGUUUUGGACAUUGUUCCGGUGGGUUUUGGACUGAUUUGCAGCCUGAUGUUUGUGGUCUUCCCCACCAGAAGGAAUGGCAUUGGAUACCCUGUCACGCCAGGCAAAUAAUUUAAUGUCAUUUCAUUGCAACCUUUGUCAUAUACCUUGAUGCUUUUCUUAAUUUCUUGGUUGGUUUACUCUUUUGAAACAUAGGCCCUAAGGGACAGUUUUAGAUGGCUGUCCAUGUUUUUUUUUUGUUUUUUUGAAGAGCACUGGCGAUGACUUGUAUGACUUCUACAGUUCACACGUACGUGUUUUGAAGCCGCGUACGUAACCCUUAAUUGCCAUGUUUGCAGCUUGCAUUAAUAUCAAGUUUUUUUAGUGCA